AUGUCCAGAAGAUUAAAAAGGCAUUAGUCUCCCGUCACACAAAUGAAAACUUGUUCGAACACCCUUCCUACUUUUUGCAUGUAUCCAUUGGAGGCAAUGGUGAAUACAAAAAAUUAUGCUGACUCGUACUUGACCUCUGCCUCUUCCCUCCCAAAGGAGUAGAUGGGUGAGGAUAUAGAUCCCGCGGGAGGACGAAAAGGAAGUGGAGAGAGUUUGACAUCCAAGAGGCCGGGGAAAUCAAAGGUGGUGGAGGACAUUUUGGAAACUGUUAAGAGAGAAAAUUUGGGUUUCUCAGAAAAACAACUGCGUCCCGCAGUGAACUCUCUCAUCGAGACAUAUGGGACAGAUGAUGCAUACAAAUGGAUAACCAAUGACAAUUUUGCAGUGCUGGUCAACUAUAUUAUUGAAUUGCCUCGAAUGGCUACAGGUGGAUCAUCUUCUCCGCUACGCUCAGGAGAAUAUGCACAUAGGAGGCAUCAUAAUGAUCAGAUUCCAGUUAAGCAUUCUGGCAAUGCAACUGAAUCAGGGCUGGCACAGUUGGUUAGGGAUGUGGCUGACCAAGGACGUUUGCAUUCUAUUACACCUUUAAGAUCAAAUGAUACUCAGAAGAAGCAUUCCAGGGGUGAGUUUUCAACUGAUGGCUCAAGUAAAGCAAAGAAGAUGAAACUUAACAGCAACUGUCCUGGCAGUAAGCCUACAGAACAUAUAAAGAAGAACCUACUGGAACAAAACGACCCCAUUUCACCAUUUUCUGCAGCACAAGGAGAAAUGAAUGUUUCCCCUUUAAGAAUGAACAAGCUGCAUCCUGACACAUUUCCAUCUGCUCCCUGUUCUGGUAGAAAGGAACAUUACAUACCAAAGAAAGUGACUCAGGCAGGGCAACUACAUGGAUCUGUAGGUCCAUUGAAUGGUAACACUUCCACUGAUACUAGAACAUCUUAUGUAGCAAGGGCAGAUGAUCUCAAAAUGAAAACUUCUAAGUCAUACUCUAAUGCUUCUCCUUCUAAAAACCAUGAUGGUAUUGACUUUAAACCUUCUGUGGUUCCACGUGUCAAAGAAAAAGAAUCCAGCAGACAUAGAUCAGUACAUAAGAACUCUGCUUCUGCAAAACAAGUCCAUCCCAAUCUUAUGUGUGAGAAACAUCUUACUGCCAUGAAUAUUGCAGGUGUUGAUGAAGGUUGCAAAUUGGGCUCCCCAAAAUUGAGAAGUUAUAGUGAGAGGCAGAUUGGGGAAUUGAAAAUGGAUUCCAAAGAAUGUAGGGAGGGAAAAAUUGGAUAUCAUAAUGAGCCACAGAAAGAUUACAAGAGAAAUUCCAGUGGUAAGCAGAUUUCUUUAACUGAAGAAUUGAACAAGACUUUUAAAGGACACUGCAUGAGGAAAGUGAAAGACCACAAUGAAUCCGUGCUUUCUGUUACUGAGCGAGUAUCUUUCAAACAGAAAUCUGGAAAUAGUGAAGGCGAUUCUAUCAAAAGAGCAAUCUUGAUUGAUCAUGUGGAUGUAGAACAGAACAAGUGUAUUAAGUGCAAGAAUGUUCAUGAGGAAAACAAAACAAGGUCUAGAGACAAUAGGAAGCCUUCAAAUGAUAAAGAGAGCAUGCCAUCCAAGGAAUUUACAAGCCCCUUGAAGAAACAGCAUAAUAGGAAAUUGGAAGGUCCCAAUAAGGAAGUCAUACUUCCAUACAGAAAGUUCAAUAAUGUUGUGCCAUAUUAUUGUUCAAAUAAACCUAACAGUAAGAAUGCUGUCAUAUCAGAAAAGUUGUCUCUUGAGGAAACUAGGGAUAUACAAGAUGACCUCACUAUUCAAGAUACACUCCAUGGGCCAAAAGAACUAACCAAGGAAAGGGUAAGCGGUCAAUUUUCUUAUUCCUUUUUGCAAGAACUGAAAAUUGCAGCAAGCGGAUGGGUGAAAAGUGGAAAUGGAUGGUUGAAAACUGACAUGUCUUUUGAGGCAUUGCAAUUUUUCUUUGAAUGGAAGAAAAAUUUGGACUUGAGGAAAAAGAAAGCACUAGCUCUUUCAAAUGAUAACAGAAAAGACAAUUGCCUUAAUGAACAAGGAACCACCAAGACUGGAGAAGCUGCACAGGUUGGAAGAAAGAAAACUGCAUCUCUUUCUGAAAAUGAAGAUGUGGAUGGCAACUUGCUUAGUUGGGAUAUUAGCAGGGGAUUGGAGAAAAAAAAAAUAUCAUGUGUAAACGAAUAUGAUGACACCUUUUUUCCAGAUGAUUUUGUGUACAUUACAAAGUGUUUGAUCACAGCAGAUGCUCAUGUGGAUCUGACCUUAAGCAGAAUAGGAGAUAUGCAUUGCUCCUGCUCUGGCAACUGUCUACUGUCAACAAUGCCUUGUAAAUGUACUGAUGAUACAAGAGGUGAAUAUGCGUAUGAUAGGGAUGGUCUUCUUAUUCCACGGUUGGCUACUAAUUUUUGCUUUGAAGAGGGUAAAAUGACUCGGGCGGACUUUAUUACUGAAUGCACCCCUAUCUGUCCUUGCGAUAUGCAAUGUGGCAACCGUGUUGUACAAAGGGGUUUGAAAUACAGAUUGCAGGUUUUUAUGACAAAAGAAGGAAAGGGCUGGGGGGUUCGUACAUUGGACAAAAUAAUGGCACGCUCUUUUUUGUUUGAGUACAUCGGAGAGAUUAUGACAAACAUGGAGCAAUACUACCGUAAUGAGGAGUACAAAGAUAAAAAAAUCCACACCUACCAGAUGCUACUUGAUGCAGAUCAUGACAUGGAGACAAGGCACUUCAAAGAUGGUUUAAAUGAUAAUGAGGCUCUUACACUGGAUGCUACCCGCUUGGGAAAUGUUUCCAGAUUUGUUAAUCACAGGUGUGGAGAUACCAAUAUGUUUAUACGGCCUGUUCAAAUUGAGACAAGAGAUACUCAUUAUUACCACGUUGCAUUCUUUGCCGCUCACGAUAUAUCUCAAAUGGAAGAAUUGACCUGGGAUUAUGGUAUCAACUUUGAAGACAAGCAUGAAGUUAAAGGUUUCCGCUGUUUAUGUGGUAGUAGUUUGUGUAGAGAUUCGAAAAGAAAGGUCACUAGAAAGGGUUGACUUGUUCAUUUUUGGAGAGAAGAAAGUUACCUGCUAACAAAAGCUAAAUAAAUAAAGCUCCGUACGAAGGGCAAGUUUUGAUCCAAAGGAUUAAGUUCAGUUGCCUUCAUUUUUUGUAGUUGUAUAAAAUGUUUUUCCCCGACUGCAACCUACAUAAUUAUUUGUUACACCGCAUUUACGUUUCAUCUACAAGUGCCAAAGGGGAUUUUUUGCGAAGUGGGGAGCAUUCAUGAUCAACAUCGUCCAUCUCAAUGAAAUCCAUUUUUGCUAUUUUGACAUCAGGCUGAUACCAAUUUAAUAAGCUCUUCAUUCUAAUGAAGGUACAGCCCAUUCCAUAUCUUCCAUAAUGUGAAUUGUACGAAAUGUUGGAAAGAUAUAUAUAAUAUUCUUUUGGAUAUUA